AUGGAUCGCGCCCUUGACGACGUCAUCUCCGACCGCCAGGUGGCGGAGGCCCACGCGGACGCAGAGGCGGCCGCCGCACUGAAGACUACCCGCGAGACGGCGGACUGGGUCCACGACCGUUACGAAGACGACGAUGCCCGCCGCCCCUCGCGCACCCAGGGCUAUCGUUCCGAGCGUCCGUCCCGCCGCAGCCCCGACUACGAAAAGGAAGCCGGCUAUGAGAUCCGCGUCGAGAAUUUGCACUACGAUCUGACCGAGGAAGACAUCCGCGAGCUAUUUGAGCGCAUUGGCCCUGUCAAGACCGCUAAACUCCUGUUCGACCGCAAUGACCGCAGCCAGGGCAUUGCGCGUGUAGUCUAUCACAGCCUUGCAGACGCACGGGUCGCUCUUCGCGAAUUCGAUGGUGCCAACGCACACGGACAGCCCAUCCGCCUGACACUCGUCCCGCCGGGGCCAUCUGGGCCAUCUCGCCGCAACCCGUUCGAUUCCGUUGAGCGUCCCUCGCGAAGCCUGUUCGAACGCAUUGAGGGAGGCAGGAGCAACCGCAGCUUGAGCCCUGAUAGGCCCCGUCAUAGCGAUACUACCAAGCCCGCACCUGCUGGCAUUGAUCGCUACGUGCCUGGUGAGGACGAUGGCCGUAGGCUCUCGCCUCCCCGCCGUCGUGGCGAUGGCGGAAGAAGGGAAGCCGGUCGUAGGCCUGGCGAGAGGAGACAGCAGCCUCGUGGCAAGAAGCCUGAUGGCGAGGGUAAGCCGGCGGUUGGAGGAAGGCCCCGUAAGACUGUUGAGGAGCUCGAUGCCGAGAUGGCAGACUAUUUCGGUGGAGGUGGUGAGGAUGAGUCUGCUGGUGGACACGCUUCCAAUGGAGCUGGCGCGGCUGCCAGCACCGCCCCUGCCAACUCUGCGCCGGCUAACAUCGAUGACAUUGAUAUGGUGGAGUAA